CGCGUUCUCCAACGUUUUUCCUCUUUCCGGCAGCGAAUCCAGCAACCUCGUUAAUCUGGUCGCAGAUCUCCGGUUGAAGCAUUUUUUCCGAAGCUCCCGAGCUCCAUUUCGAUCAGCACUUUCGUCGGAAUCGUUAUCUUCGCUUCUUCUUCGUUAAUUGUUGCCCGUCGUUUUCUAGGGCUGCGUUUUCGAUUGCGCAUUUUUUGACCAUUGACAUCCUUCCUCUCGUUAUCGGUUCUGGGACGGAUCUGUUUGGGAUUCUGGACAGUGUUAUGAUCAGGGAAAAUGGACGAGCAUGAUGAUCCUCCGCUGGGCUCGGGUGAUUCUGUAGCUGGUGGAAUUGGGAUUGGAGACGAGUCAAAUGGGCCUGACGUUGAUACCGACCAGGAAACGCCUUUUGUCGACAGUAAGGAUGAUAUGUUUGUUGAUGCUCCGGAAGAGUUGAAUUUUGAGACGCCCAGUAAGGAAUCAGUGACAAAAGCCGAUGAUGACAAUGGAGGACUUGGAGUUGAUGAAUCCAAGAAUGAAAGAGAGGCCUUGGAUAUGGAGCUUGUCGGGCUUCAUGAGCAGCUUAAGUUGUUGACCGGUGAGAGCAUAUCUCAAGACGGGAACAUUGUGGUCGGAUCUUCCUUGCAUGACAUUGUCGGUCAGUUCUCAAAGUUUCUGGAAACUGUGAAGGAAGAGCGUGUUCAGCAUGACAAUGCCACCAAGGAGCUACAGGGGAUCGUUAAUGAAAAGGACCAUGAGAUUGCAGAUCUCACUGCAAAGAUUUCAGAGCUUUCUACUUCACUUGAUAUUGCUUCAGCUGCAGAAGUUGGAUACCGGGAGAGAAAUGAGCAAGUUGAUGCCAUGGCAGAUAGGAUAUUGCUCUCUCUUUCGUCCGUGUUUGGUCAGGAGGAGGUGCAGUAUGGUUCUGUCUCUGAAAAACUUACUCAUGCUGAGUAUCAUAUUUCCUUGUUAAGUGCAAAGUAUUCUGAGUUUUACUAUGGCAUCGAUCAAUUAAAGAAGUGUUUAUCUAGGGAUGAAUCUGACAUUAGCAUGCAAGAAGACUUUGGUUCGGUUCUUGGUGCUGCUUGUUCCGAGUUAUUUGAGCUCAAACAAAAAGAAACAGUACUUUUUGACAAACUUAGCCAUCUGGAAGAUGAAAAUAGGAAGUUGGCUGAACAAGUUACCAAAGAUAGAGAAAUGAUGGAGUCCGUCAAUACGGAAUUUGGAAAAGUAAAGGCAGAUCUUGAACAAGAAAAGACAAGAUAUGCUAACACCAAAGAAAAGCUCAGCAUGGCUGUGACAAAGGGUAAGGCAUUAGUUCAGCAGCGAGAUGCCCUGAAGCACUCUUUAUUAGAAAAAACAACAGAGCUCGAAAACAGAUUGACCGAGUUACAAGAGAAGAAGAAUGCCCUUGAUACUUCUGAAUUGAUGAAGGGGCAGCUGGAACAAUUGUUGGCAGAAAAGAUGGACGAGCUUGAGAAAUGCUCGAGUGAAUUGCACGAGAAGUACAUAUCCUUCGAGGCAUAUGAGUUGACAAAGAAAGAGUUGGAGCAGUCUCUGGCCGAGAAAACAAAAGAGCUUGAGGAGUGCUUGAUGAAAGUGCAAGAGAUGUCAACUGCAUUGGAUGCAUCUGAAAUCAGCAAAGGAGAAAUGGUGAAAUCUGAAGCUUUGGUUGCAUCCUAUCAGGAAAUGCUGUCACAAAGGAGCACUGUCAUUGAAAAUUUUGAAGCAAUCUUGUCACAGAUUGAUAUACCCGAGGAAUUUCAAUCUGUAGAUAUCGUCGACAAAAUUAGGUGGCUUGCGGGAGAGAGGGAAGAGCUGAGAGAUGUUUCUCAGGAGUACAACAGGCUGAAAGAUGCCAUUCUUCAAAUUGACCUACCGGAAGAGAAAUCUGAGUCCAAUUUAGAAACCCGCUUUGAUUGUAUAAGGGAGUCCUUUUUCCAAGCAAAGGCUGAAGUUAGCCAGCUGGAACAUCGAAUUGAAAGCUUAAGCACUUCACUUUCUUCUGAAAUACAGGAGAAAGAUAAAGUCAGAAUGGAACUGGAUGACAUGGCUUCCAGAUUGAAUGAGAUGGAGGGAAAUAUUCAUCGAGUGUCUUUGGAGAAGGAUGAAAUUGUGAGGAAGCUGGUGGAAAUAUCUGGCUUGACGGUAGAAGGGGAUGAGCAUAAUACUUCUACAGAUAUGCUUGUUCAUAAAUCCUUUGAUAAGAUCGGAGAACGAUACAGGGACUCUGGUGACAGUUCAUGUGUCAAUGAAGAAGUGUUUGAAACAAUUCAAAGUCUCCUUUAUGUGAGAGAUCAGGAAUUGUCGCUUUGUCAAGAAGUUCUAGGAGAAGAUAUGCAGGUAAGAUUGCAGGUGAGCAAUCUCUCAAAUGAGAUGGAAGUGACACUUCAAGAGCUUGCUUCUGCGAAAGAGGAGAAAAAUGCAUUGGAGAAAGAUCUUGAACGAUCGGAAGAGAAAUCUGCUUUGCUUAGAGAAAAGCUUACCAUGGCCAUCAAGAAAGGCAAGGGAUUAGUCCAAGACAGGGAAAAUUUGAAGAGUCAGUUGGAUGAUAGAAACUCUGAAAUCGGGAAGCUGAAGCUCGAGUUGGAGCAGCUGGGAUGUACGGUUGAUGGCUACAAGAAUCAGAUCAACUCGUUGUCUGGAGAUUUAGAGCGGAUACAAGAGUUAGAGGCCGAGCUCAUGGCUGUUAAAGAUCAAAGAGAUCAACUUGAGCACUUAUUAUCUCAAAACAAUGCCAUGCUGGAAAACGUUAUCAGAUCAGUUGACAGUGUCACUAUUCCUGUAGAUUUAGCAUCUGAAGAUCCAUUGGAAAAGAUUGCCCGACUUUGUGGGUACUUGAAAGGAGUAGAGCUGGCUAAAAUAGCAGCACAGGAAGAGCUAGAGAAAGUAAAGGAAGAAGCAAGUAAGUUGGAAGAAACUUGCACAACCCUGAAAUCAGUUGAAGAUGCAUUGUCUAUUGCAGAGGACAACAUUGACCGACUUUCUGAAGAGAAUAGAUUAAUCCGAGCUUCGAAGGAAAAGGUUGAACUCGAACUGCAGAAAGCAGGGGAAGAUACUUCCUCUCUGGCUAGCAGACUGGAUGAGGCUUUUGCAGCCAGGAAGUCAUUUGAGGAUGCACUCAAGCAGGCUGAAAGAACUAUAUCUGACAUUAUUACCGAAAAAGAAGAGGCUCAAAGCAGCACAGCUGCUGCAGAGAUGGAACUAGAGAAAGUUCGAGAAGAAGCUAUGAUUCAGACCAAAAAACUAGAAGAGGCACAUGGCACCAUCAAAUCACUUGAAAAUGCACUUUCUCAGGCAGAGAGUGAUAUUCAAUCUCUGUCGAAACAAAUUGACGAUGACAAGGAAUUUAGAAAUAAUCUAGAGAACGAGCUGAAGAAGCUUAAAGACGAGGCAGAUUCCCAAGCUACAAAUAUGGCAGAGGCUUCCAUGACAAUAAGAUCCCUUGAAGAGGCAUUAAUGAAGGCGGAGAAUAGUUUUUCUGCUUUAGAAGGGGAGAAGCUAAAAGCUGAAGUUGAGAUAUCAACUCUCGGAUCUAAACUGAAUGCAUGCAUGGAAGAGUUGGGUGGAGUUAGUGGCAACUCGCAGAGCAGAUCUUUGGAGAUCAUGGACCAUCUUGAUAAUCUCGAGGUGCUGCUGAAGGACGAGGGUCUCGUUUCUAGAGUGAAUGAAUUCCUAGAGAAGGAAUUCAGGAUUCUGAAAGACAUGGAACUCAUUGUUAGAGAUAUCAGGAGACGUUUUUCUGAGAAGGGAUUGCAGGUAGAGGAAUUCGACAUUGCUACAGAGGAUGAUUCAGCCGUGGCAAAACCCUUGCUGAACAGCCUUGACAACCCCGUGAAUACCGAGCUGGAGAAUGGUCAAGGGAGUGUAGCUGGUGAAGACGAAAUUUCUUCGUGUCUUAGGAAGUUUGCAGAGGGGAUCAAGCUGAGAAACGAAACCCUGGAUCAAAACUUCGGAAGUUUCUCAGCUUCUUUGGAUUUGCUUGUCGGAUCAUUGUUGAAAAGCUUAACGGCGGCUAGGGAUGAUGUGAUAAAUGUCUUGACGGAUCACGAGUCCCUGAAAGAGAAUAUGAGGAGUACGGAAAUUAUCAUUCGAGAACAGGAAAACACUAUGUCCACAUUACAAGAUAGUGUUUCAGCUUUGCUGUCUGCAUGUGGUGAGGCUGUUAGAGAUCUGCAGUUGGAACCGAAAAACAACCUGCUAGACUUCGGAAACUUUGCAAUGCCUCAAUUCCAAGAAAUUGAAACUGGUGAUGAAAAUGUACAAAUGGAGCUUUUGCAGGGGCUUCAGGACGGCAAAUGCAUCGAUAGAGUAAGAGAAUUAUCUUCUGCCACGGCCAAGGCCCGCACUACUAUUAAGCGCUUUGAGACAACAAGUAAUGGAGCCGUUGUUCUGAUCCAAGAGAUGGAAACCAAACUAAAGGAGACCUCUUUAGCUUUAGAAAAAGCUGUGGAAGAAAGAGACUCAAACCGAGAUAAGGUCUUAAGUUUGGAGGCUGAUGCAGAAUCCAUGGAAGCCUUUUGCAGAGAACUGAAACAUCAAUUGGAAGAUUUAAAAUCCGAGGAGGAAAAAUGGCAUGAAAAGGAGAAGGAACUCUCUUCAUUGUAUGAUAAGCUGAUGGUGAAAGAACAAGAAGCGAAGGACACUCUAAUAUCAGCCGCUGAUAUAAGAGCUCUUUUCGACAAGAUGAAUGGUAUCGAGAUGCCUUCAGCGGAUCCACAAUACCCGUAUGAUGUAAAGAAGUUAUUCUAUAUGAUUGAUUGCGUUAGCGACAUGCAGCAUCAGAUAGAUCUUUUAACUUACGAGAAAAACGAGCUAGAAUCCUCAUUACAAGAAAAAACCUGUGAAAUUCUGAGUUUGAAGGAGGCUACCGAGGCACAGAGUACCACUGGAACAGAGCUGGAGAAAGCCAAGACUGAGUUGUCUUUGCUAAUAUCGGGUUUGGAUAAACUACUGGCUAUUUUGGCGGGUAAGGAUCCUCUGGUAGACCCGAAAUCAGCUGAAUCACCAUGGACACUCUUACAAGCGCUGGAGAAACAGGUGACUUCCCUACUUUUGUUGGCCGAGAGUUCAAAAUCAAAGGCCCAAGAGCUAGGAGUGAAGUUUGCCGGGAGCCAAAAGCUUGUGGAUGAGUUGACGUCGAAAGUCGAAGCACUUGAAGACGAACUUCAAAAUAGAGCCAUUCAGCCCGACGUCGUUCAGGAAAGGAGCAUAUUUGAAGCACCCUCUACAUCGGAGAUAUCCGAGAUUGAUGACAAGGGAUCACUGGCCAAGAAUUCGAUAUCGCCGGUCUCAUCAUCUGCACAAGUGAGAACCAUCAGGAAAGGGUCGGCUGAUCAUCUCGCAAUCAGUAUAGAUUCAGAGUCCGAGCAUCUAAUGAACCAGAAUGACACCGACGAGGACAAAGGACAUGUUUUCAAGUCUCUGAAUAUGUCUGGUCUGAUUCCAAAGCAAGGAAAGGUGAUUGCAGAUCGAGUCGACGGGAUAUGGGUUUCGGGUGGAAGAGUAUUGAUGAGCCGACCUCGGGCAAGACUAGGUGUUAUUGCAUAUUGUCUGAUCCUGCAUCUAUGGCUGUUGGCUUCAAUCUUGUAAUCUUGAGACAGGUGAUUCAGUUCAGUUUCUUCCCCUUCAGUCAAUACUUCUCACACUUUGGUCUCUCUCUCUCUAUUCAUCCUCCAUUAUUUUUGUCCUGACUCCAUACCAGAUUACAGUAGGUUGUGUCUUUGUCUUGUGCAUAUAGUUCCAAAUAAUGUCCCAAUCACCUGCAAGUAUUCUUGCUUUCAUAGCCAUAGAUCCUAGAAAAGUGAAACAGUAUGUUCUUUUGUGUCUCAAAGUUUUUGGAGAGACCUGAAACGUUGUUCCAUGACAAUUCUAUAUUUGAUGGAACUUUGUUCCUGAAUUUUUUUUUUUUAAUAAUAUACAUAUAUUUAUAUA